UUCUAACAAACCUUACAUGUUCUUGUACAGGGAAAGGCAACGACAAUAGUUGUAUUAUUUAGAACAAUGCUUAGUAAGAGUUUCAAGAAUAACGGGAUACCGAGCACUCCUGACAAGCAUGCGCGCGCAUACGCCCAACAGCUAUGACACAUAUAUUGAGAGGUUUGGUAUGAAUUUCGACGUUUGCUUUUGAAACGGUUAUCGUUCUAGCCAACUAGGGACAAAUACAGCAUGAACAUUCCAUCUAGAAAUAGUUCAAGUUCGUCGUCUGAUGACGAUGCUAAAAAGUACCAUGUUAUUCGGGAGGAAACGCACACCGAUAGUCAUUGUAAAUACAGACGACAAACAGGAACAGUCGGAUACGUUAAGUGCGAAUUCCACUACCGAAUAUGCAGAUGUCAGAAGUAUGUUGACAAAGAACAUCUUUUUGAUCAUGAAAAGAUUUCUACACAAGACGGAGUGGAAAUCCAUUACACGCCAUCAUGCCAAUGGCAAAGGUUGGAAAUUGAAUGUUUCGGAACCACUUUCUACAAACUACAAUGUCACUGCAACUGUUCUCAGCCCCAGAUACCUCAUGGAAUAAGCAGCAUGAACUCUAUUGCCCCAUCAUAUUGAUCGGAUUGUGCGAGUCGUCCUGUCCACAAUAUAAAACACACAGAAAGCCAACAAGGACCAGGGAACACUCCAAAUACUUCCUCACUAUUACUCUGUUCUUUAAAGAGAAUAAAUACUUGACAACUUU